AUGCAAUAUGCCUUGGAGAGCCGUGGAAACGAUUCAGGAAAGAACCUCGGCGUUGGAGCUCCUACCGCUGGUGGCAGGGUCAGUACCUUGGACGGAUGCGGGUCCUUCGCCCAGAUGAGCGGUUUUGAGCAGCGUCUCCUCCGAGCGGUGUUGAAGAAUCCGGUUGUGUCGAUGCGCUCCCUCCGCGGUGUGUUCCCGGCAGCGACGGAGUACUACACCCACAACGCCGUACUUGAGGUCUCGGUGCAAGUUGCCGUCGACGCCUCUUCGAUUGUUUCCUCCCCGUGGGCCAAAAUGGAGGCACAUAAAAACACAUCCGCUGUGAUGGUGGUUCUCAACUGCCAUGAUUAUGAUCCUCGUAGCGCACUCGCGGCGGUGAAGGUGCUCUUCCAGCAUUACUUUAAGGAGAGCAUUUGUCGGUGUCUUGUGCUGGACCCCACAGUCGAUGCAAAGGCCUGUAUGUCACAGCACGUUUUUCUCCCCACAUACACGAAUGCACCAGUGGAGGAUGUGGCGCGGUAUCUCUUGAAGGAUGUUGCACUCUCCAUUGUACAACAUGUGAACUCCUGUAUUGUUGGCCUAAAGUUGUCACCAAAAGUCAAGUCAGGUGUCACUGCUGCUGCUGCCAGUUCUGGUGGUGGUGGUGGUGGUGGUGACGGCGCUGUAUUGGUCUUCGAUGAUGUCAGUAGUGUCAAUGAUGGCGGGGAGGAUCUUAAGAAGCACGUUAUGGGGUCUCAAUUGAAGAAGAAGAAGGGGGACCUCCUUUUGCAACUUGGCGCACUAGAUGCUGCAUUGAUCUCCUAUAUUGAUUCGCUAGUGGGUGCUGAUCAUGUGUGGUCCUCAGCGACCUUAGAAUCCCUUGCUGCCCUGCGCUACCUGCAAAGGGCCCCACUCUUCGCCCUCAUAGCCACAGUGAAUAACCUUUUCUCCUCGCUCGAGAACGAAAAAAUGGUAUGGAAUGAGAGUGUGACGGCCACACUAAAUCAACUCGAGAGUGUCGUUGAAAAGAUGCGAACAGACCAGCAUAAGGCAGUUUCAUUGUUGAAGCACAACUUAUCUGCCUCGCCGCUAAGUAGAAAGCUAUUAAAAGAGGUUGAAGAACCUUUAUCACUGCUGAGUGAAAACUUCCGGAGACAGCUAUCAUCAAUACGUCGCUCCUUUGCGCCUGACACCAAAGACACACUCGUCACAAACAUGGAAGAUGCCGGUAGGAAUGCGCGCUCCACGUUUAAGCAAAUUCUUCACAUUAGUUUCUUCGAACUGCACCUGUACCUUGGUGAGGCCUUGCAACAGCUUCGCCCUGUUGCUGAAACGCAGGUGGCCUUGCAUGAGCGUGAAGUAGAAAUUCACUUCAAACGUACUGAACUCUUUGCAGAGGAGGGUAACAAACGGGGAUUCCUUGAGUCUCUAACUGUUCUGAAAACGGCGGCAAAGGGUGUGCCAGAGUUGAUGCGACGUCGCAUUCGCGAGCUUGUACCUUCUCUGAGCCUGCUCUGCGGCUGUAGGCGGAAGGCGGUUCAUUACGUUGUUGAGGCUGCUGCUAUGGAGCGACAAGCCAAGGCAUUUGGUGCCGCCAUUUGUCUUUUGGUGCGUGCCUGUGGGAUGGCCGGUAUCCAACUGCCAAGCAUGAAUUUUCGGGAGCAGGCGAUGGAGUCGCUCGUGGCACCGCACCAGAGGGCAGGCGAGAGUGGUGCUGCUGAUAGUGGGACAGGAUCUACGGUGUGUCGUGCCCGAAAGGCGCAAGACGUGCCGCUCCUCAUGGAGCUUCUCAACGCUUUGGUAGAGGCUGGUCCAGAAUGUUGUGAGAUGCAAAAUUCUCUGGCGUCUUUCCUCCUUUUUGGUUACCAUCCGUUCCUCAGCCGCGAGACGCAGCAGUCAUUGAUGGACAUCAUUGAGCGAAGCAGUGUGCAUCCGGAAUCCCUCCUCUCCACGCCACCACCGUUGCUGUAUAGUAUGGAUGUACUCGCGCUUCCACAACAUUUAGCGCCCAAAACGGUGCCUUUGAGUGGUGCACAGUUUACUUUCAUCGACACAGGUCGUCUCAAGAUGACGCUGCUCACAUUGAAUGGGAAGGUUCUCCCACAGGGUCAAAUGGUGUGGUCUGUCGGAACCGUUGGUGAAGUUGAACUCAUUUUGACAAAUCCAUUCCGCCGUGAUCUGCAACUAACAUCCAUCGCACUCAGCUGCCGUUCUGUGGCAACAUUGGAUGAAGUUGAACGCGUUGGUAAUGAUGGUGAACUGGGCCAAGUAGUUGGGCCUCUUGCUCCAUCAAGCUAUGUGGUGACAGGCGUAAUCCUUCCAUCCAUGUCAAAGCGUCACAUGCGUCUACAAGUUCAGCCGAAUAUGGAAGGGUAUCUUGUGGUGGAUGGUGUGGAAAUCCGUCUUGGGCAGCUGCCGCUGUGUUCGACCUUUCUCGUACCGUCACCAAAGCCAACCUCUAUUCCAGUUCUGCAGCAACUUCCUCUUGUUUCCUGUACUUUGGGAGUUAAUGAAUUGGCGAUUUUUAGUGGACAAACAAUUCGUUUACCGUUGCAAAUAACCAACUCGGGUGCGGUGCCAAUACGACGCCUCCAGGUGACUGCACACGACGAGUCUUGCCAACUAGAUGUUUGCACUGGGUGCAAAGAAAGGGCAAACGCCACCUCGUUCUACGUUAUCCUCGAGCGUGGCUCACUGGAGAAGACUGGUUCACUCUGUUUGGAGCCUGGGAAUGCUUUGCUGGCAGAAGUGACGAUAGUGGCUGCUGCAUGCAAUGACAAUGUAGUGUUUCAACACGUUGUGUUCCGUGCAACCGUUGAGCUUCCAUACGAUCCGCCUGUGGCACCCGAGAAUGUACCAAGUGCAGUUCCUGUGUUUGCUGUUAUUCCUCGUCGUGUGCAGGAGACGUACCUUCGUGUGUUCCACGUUCCGAGUGUCGCCGUGACAUCCCUGGCUCUCUCACGCGACCGCCGGUACGUGGAAAUCACAGUGAAGAACAACAGCAAGGUGCACACCAUGGAACUACUUUGCAGCCGUAUGUUUUUUACCUGCAUUCCGGACGCAUUGGUAGUGGCGGGUGCGGAGUACCUUAUCCCACCCAUUGAAAUCACGAAGGUGCCGCCCGACAUACGUCAUUUCCCACUCCCGUGGGUAGUGCGGGAGCUGCCGGAGUGCCACGGUGUGGUUUCUCUUGAUUUUUCAAUCAUCGCAAAUGAGGUGGUGUGCACGGAGCCACUGGAAGAUGCUGUUGUUAGUAUCGCUGCACUAACCGAUGAUACAAGUUGCUUCACCGCGUCCAGGUUGGAAUGGCGGAGUGAACGGAACUCAACAAGCGAGCUGACGUUCGUGGUGCCUGUCAUGAAACCCGUCCCGCUCGUUGUGUAUGUCGAUGCGCCGUGGAAACGUGCGGUUCCACUGCGUGUUCGUCUUGCAAUGGAAAACCAUCUCGACGCCGACGUCCUUAGCGGGCCCGUGGACACCACAACUAUUGUUGGCGGCAAAAAAAGUGAUGGCGAUGAACAUGAUGUUGGGGAGCGGUACGAGGAGAGGGUGGAAUUCUUUGCCUUCAAGACGGGGGAGCACGUUUUGAGCAUUAAACUUUCAGAUCUUGACGGGUGUGAAAUGACCCAUGUUGUGAGGCUGCAGGUGGAGCACCUGUAG